ACUCUACUACUACUACUCUACUACUCUUAUUCCUCUUGUGUGUAUAUCUCUUACAGAAUGAAACCCCUGGGAAUCACUGUGGUUCUGGGACUAGUAGUGGGGGCAUUGGCUCAGCUCAGUGUGCCACAGCCUCACUGUGACUCCCCUGAAGUAGAGGAGGCUGCUCUGGUGGCUCAGGAUUACCUCAAUGCUCAGCACACUCAUGGCUACAAGUAUGCAUUGAACCGGAUCGAGGACAUCAAGAUCUACCCUAAUCCUGAUGGAGACACAUAUGUCAUGGACAUCGACCUGCUGGAGACAGACUGUUAUGUGUUGGACCCCACACCUGUUGCCAACUGCUCAGUCAGGCCCAAAGUAUUGACGGCUGUGGAAGGAGAAUGUGAUGUGGUGCUGAAGAAGGUUGGAGGAAUUCUGACUGUCACAGCAUUCAAGUGCAAAACAGAGGAAUCAACAGAGGACCUGUGCCUUGGCUGUGCUGCCCUCCUUCCCCUUAAUGACACCACUGCACUGGACUUUGUCCAAGCCUCUCUGGCAACCUUCAACAACAUAACAGCUAAUGAAACAUACACUCUUCUUGAGGUUGGACGGAUGUCAACACAGAUUGUGUCUGGUGGGCCAAUCUAUCUGGCAGAAUAUGUUGUCAUUGAGGCUAAUUGCACUGAUGAUGUCUGUGUUCCCCUGAAUGAUACCAUGGCUGUACGUGGUAUUUGCAUUGCUAGAGGCCUGAGCGCUGCUCAUGAUGUUGACUGCAAGAUGUUUUCCACUCUGAUGCCUGUUAUAGAUGCCAACAGUACUGCAGGUCCUGCCUUGCCACCAACAGUCCACGUACAUGAAGGCAGCCUGUCUCGCAUUCAUGGCCUGAAGCACCACAAACUGACUGCCCUCCAUGACCCUCAACUGGUCGGCCUUCUGUCUGCAGAGUCAGCAGAGUCAGCUGAAGUGGUACCUGUGGCCCCUGCAGUGGUUGGUGCAGCUACAGCGGUACCUGCUACAGCUGCAAGUGCAGACCCUGCUGCAGGUUCUGACAGUGCCUCAGAUGGUUCAACCAGUGCAGAGGUCCCCAUUGUUGUGGUGAAGAGAGAUGUACCUAUAACACCCUCCCCUGUGGUUGCACUUGGCACCAUUCAAACAGACUCCAAUGGUAUUGUGAAAAUGUGCCCAGGAAGGAUCAGACACUUCUAAGAGUUCAGGUCCUUCCUACGGCACACAGACACUAUCCUGACCUCUUUCAGAAACAUUGGCGCUAGUGUAACUAGUAACUGUAUUUCAUAAAAGAAUGGUCUUGUGGUAGGUAGACAUAACACCAAUAUAGCUGCCUGCUUAGGAAUAGUCUGUCAACUGAAAUUGCCAAGUCAUAGAUUAUAUAUUACAGAACACAACUGUUGAAACCUCUAAAGUGAAUAAAGGUUUGCAUUUAAUGCUACUUAAUCUCAUUUAAAA